ACAUUCGAAACUAUUAUAGACCGUUUAGUGUCAGUUACAUACAAUAAAACAGGUACAAAAAAGGGGGGUGCGUGUAUAAGUUUUAGAAGCUAUUAUUGAUUUAUUAUAAUGUAGAUGAUAACAUUAUUCCUGUCUUUUUAAUAUUUUACAGGAAAUUUAUGAAACCAAAUGAACUUGUAAAGAUACUUAUCGACCGAUUUGAAAAUGAUAGAAGAUAUUCUGCUUCAUUAUUACCUACUGCUUUACAAAAAAGAAUUCAUAGUAUUUUUUCGUUAUGGUUAUCACACUAUUGGAACGAUUUUUAUGGAGAUCAAACUAGAAAAACUAUUAUAUCGUUUUUGGAUCGUAUUUCUAAAUACGAGAAUUUAACACCCAUUUGUGAUUCAUUAGCGCCCUUAGUUAUACGCGAACCACCAGUGAACGAUCCUGAUAAUACUUGGGGACUAGUGGAUGAUGAUGAUGAUGAUCCUCUAUCAUCCUUAAAUACUUGCAUAGAACGGAAUAAAAAAAAAGACAGCGGCUAUUCUUCUGGUGGUGUUUUAUGUAUAACCAAUUUCAUUCAAGACGUGACUAAUCGACUUUCAUUGGAUGAAUCGUCUCAUUUAUUGACAAGCAAUAAUAAUGUUGAACCAAACUUAGAUGUGAAUACACCCACUUUGUCAUCCAAUUACUUGUUGCAUCAUGCUAAAAGCAACCCACUAUUUUUGCAUCCUAAUUUGAGAAAAUCACAAAAGAAGCGAAACUCCUUAGCAGAUCCUAAUAGAUGUUGUGCCGAGUUUGCAGGUGGUUUAAUUAACAUUGAUCAUAUUGCAAAGUAUGAUAAACAUAAUAAUUCGACACCUUCCAUUGCUACGACUAUUGGAUGGGCGUCUUCGAUUCUAGGAUAUCCAUUUUCAACCAUUAAACAGCAUCCAUCUUUUAAUCAAGUAAAAUCGAAUUACAAGACCUUUAUAAAAUUACAAAAUAAAACUAUAGCUGAUCAACUUACUUGGAUUGAAGCCGAGUUAUUCUCGAGGAUCAAACCACGUGAGUUUAUUCAACAUUUAUGGACAUCAAAGAAGAACGACUGUAAUCAAAACUCAUCUAAUAACGCAGUCAUAGCAUCGAUAGCUCAUUUUAAUUUUAUUUCUGCCUGGAUAACAACCACGAUCAUAGAACAAUCAAGUUUAACGAAAAGAAUUUUACUGUUAGAAAAGUUCAUGUCCAUAGCAGUUGAACUACAAAAGCUGAAUAAUUACAAUUCUUUAAUGGCUUUCUUAGCUGGUAUUAAUAGUGCAUCUAUUUUACGUCUAAAGCAAACGAGACAAGCUAUUAUUACAAAAAAGGUCUAUAAACAGUUUCGAAGUCUUGAAAGAUUAAUGAAUACAGAGCAAUCAUAUAGUUCGUAUCGACUCGUUUUAAAUAAAGCGUUAGGAACACCAGGAAUACCUUAUCUUGGUAUACAUAGCCAAGAUUUGGUAUUACUUACAGAAGCUAAUAAGGAUUUUCGAGCAAAUGGUACCAUUCAUUGGGAAAAGUUUCGACUGAUGGGUGAAACUAUCAUGACAAUUAUGAAAUUUAAAUAUCCUCGAUAUACAAUUGAACCUGAUAUUAAAGUAUUACGGUUUAUUGCUGAUAGUCAAAUUCUAACAGAAGAUGAGCAGUAUAAAAAAUCCAUUAUCGUUGAACCAAGAGUAGAAGAUACUUUGAGUAUAAAAAGUUUAUGGAUAAGAUUGUGAUCAUACAAAUAAAUAUAUAUAUAUAUAUAUAUAUAAAGAAAAGUUUGUUAUAGAUAAAAGAAGAUAGCUGCUCGUCGUUUUUACUUUUUUAUAAUAGUAAAUUACUUCAACCAAAUAAUUUAUAUUUUGAAUCAAGAAAGUUUCUUUUUGACAAACAAAAUAAAAAAUCGUGUUCAUGAAA